GAAUUUUUAUUCAUCUGAACAAAAAAAAAAUAAAAUAAAUAAUGGCUGAUUUAAGACCACCAGAAGUUGAAAAGGCUCGUCUUCAUUUUGAUAUCUAUGAUUUCGAUGGCCAAAGCAAAGUUGAUUAUCAUUAUUUGGGCGAUCUGUUGAGAUCAUUAGAUCUUCGACCUACCCAAGAUUCAGUGGCGAAAAAUGGCUGGGAAAAGAAAAAAGGUCAGAAAUUCAUGACAUUCGAAGAAUUUCUUCCAAUUUAUAGCCAAGUAAAGAAAGAUAAAGAUUGUGGUGCAUUCGAAGAUUUGGUUGAAGGUUUAAAAGUUUAUGAUAAAGCUGAAAAUGGUACCAUGAUGGAAGCAGAAUUGGCCCAUGUUUUAUUGUCAUUGGGUGAAAAAUUGACCGAUGCUGAAGUGGAAGAAAUUAUUAAAACAUGUGGUGGUGGCUGUGAUGAUGAAGGAUUCAUGAAAUAUGAAACGUUCAUCAAAAAUGUCAUGGCAGGUCCGUUCCCAGAAGAGGCAGGAAAAUCAUAAUCAAACUAAAAAAAAAAAACAAUAACAAUAUCAAACAGACAGACACCCAAACAAACACAAAUAUCAAC